UCUUCAUUUCCAUGUUGCUUAUGUUCAUAACUCUCGCAUUUCAAUACUUAAUUUGAUUUGUAAGUUAUCGGACAAACAAUGAAGCUGAUAUUUUCGGUAUUUUUAGUUCUAUUGGCAUCUGCAACAUUUGUUAAAUAUUCACAAGCAGCGAAUGAGCCAGAUUGUGUUGGUUUAGCAAACGAGAAUCCGUUGAAAAUCAACCGAUAUUAUCACCCCCAUGAUUCGGAUUGUAAUAAGUACUAUCAAUGUUCCAGAUAUGGUCUUGUUGAAAUGCAAUGUCCAGAAGGCUUGAAUUUCGACAGGAAUCUUUAUAUUUGUGGGCGACCUUAUGAAUUCAUAACGAUGAAGUUCUUAAUAAUUGCCGUUGCAUUUCUUGCUAUCUUAGUCGUGGUGUCCUCACAACAAGCACCAGAUUGUGUCUCGCUUGCUAGACAAGUACCUGAAGAUAUUUCAAAAUAUUAUUUUCAUCAUGAAAACGAUUGCAAUAAGUACUAUCAGUGUGCGGAAUAUGGUUUGGUAUUGAAAAAUUGUCCAGAAGAUCUUCAUUUUGAUAGAAACUUAUACAUUUGUGGAUGGCCUCAUGAAGUCAACUGUUAGUCAUGUUAUUUAAAAAAGAUUUAUAUCGUCUUUGUUACGACAAUAAUUUGAAUAAUUUAUUUUGUUUGAAAUGAAAUAAAGAGUGAAAUAUCAAUCAUAAAUCAAAUGUAAAAAACACCUUAUUAAAGUUUUAUUACAAAAUUCAUAGGUGUUGCUACUCAAUGCUUGUCAUUUGAGCCAAGCAAAUGUUCAGUUCGUUGAAACAAAUGUUCCGCUUUCUCCUUACGCCAUAAUCAAUUGUAAU